CUGGUGUCCGGUGGCGUUCUUCCCCUUCGGCCACACUUACUUGAGUUCCCAGGGACUUAGGAAGUUCCGACCCGCGCCGGACUUUUGGGUUUCUCUCUUGGCGUCAGUAUUAGUCCAGGGAAUGAAUGAAUGAAUGAACGAGCGGACGAACGAACUCGGCCAGCACCGUUUGGCGGUGUCCUCUGCCCUGCUCUGGACCACCAGCGGACACCAUGUGGAUCCAGGUUCGCACCAUGGACGGGAAGGUCGCCCACACCGUGGACUCGCUGUCCAGGCUGACCAAGGUGGAAGAGCUGAGGAAGAAGAUCCAGGAGCUGUUCCACGUGGAGCCGGGCCUGCAGAGGCUCUUCUACCGGGGCAAGCAGAUGGAGGACGGCCACACCCUCUUUGACUAUGACGUCCGCCUGAAUGACACCAUCCAGCUCCUGGUGCGGCAGAGCCUCGUGCUGCCCCCUGGUGGCGGCGGCGGCGGUGGCGGCGGCGGCAAGGAGAGGGACUCUGAGCUUUCGGACACCGACUCUGGCUGCUGCCUGGGCCAGAGCGAGUCGGACAAGUCCUCCAACAGCGGCGAGGCGGCUGUGGAGACGGACGGGAAGGCGGCCGAGGGGGACGAGGACGCGUGGGACGACACGGAGCUGGGCCUGUACAAGGUCAAUGAGUAUGUCGACGCUCGGGACACCAACAUGGGCGCAUGGUUUGAGGCGCAGGUUGUCAAGGUGACCAGGAGGGCGCCAGCCCAGGACGAGCCCUGCAGCUCAGCCUCCUGCUCAGCGCCGGAAGGAGACGUCAUUUACCAUGUGAAAUACGACGACUACCCGGAGAACGGGGUGGUCCAGAUGAGCUCCCAGGACGUCCGGGCCCGUGCCCGGCACAUCCUCAAGUGGCAGGAGCUGGAGGUGGGCCAGGAGGUCAUGCUCAACUACAACCCUGACAACCCGAAGGACCGGGGCUUCUGGUACGACGCCGAGAUCCUGCGGAAGCGUGAGACCCGCACAGCACGGGAGCUGUACGCCAACGUCCGGCUCGGGUGUGAUCUCCCGACACCGUGCGCCUGCCGGGAGCAGCUCUCGGCCCGGCUGGAGAUGCGAGCCUUCCUCGUGCUCUUUUCGUCCUGCAAGCACUGCAGGGACGACCAGAGCAAGGCCUGCCGCGUGUGCGCCUGCCACCUGUGCGGCGGCAAGCAGGACCCCGACAAGCAGCUCCUCUGCGACGAGUGCGACAUGGCCUUUCACACCUAUUGCCUCUGCCCGCCCCUCAGCAGCGUCCCCAAGGAGGACGAGUGGGACUGUCCUGAGUUCCGAUGUGGCCUGGGCCUACAGUCACUGCGGGGGGCUGGAGCCCCUGCAGGCAGGGAGCAGGGAGCUGGGGCGUGGCACCGCCUCAGAGCCGGCCGCCGCCCACGAUGUGACCCACAGCCGUGGCCCCACUGUCCCCACAGGGCGCUGGCUCUCAACUGCAGCGCCCCCAUCAACGACCGCAAGGGGGCGGAGGCCAAGGACUGGCGGUCGGGGAAGCCGGUCCGCGUGGUGCGCAAUGUCAGGGGCCGCAAGCACAGCAAGUACGCGCCCACCGAGGGCAACCGGUACGAUCCCGCCCCGCAGGUCGUGAGGUACUGGCCGGAGAAGGGGAAGUCUGGCUUCCUGGUGUGGCGCUAUCUCCUGCGGAGGGAUGACAAUGAACCCGGCCCCUGGACCAAGGAGGGGAAGGACCGGAUCAAGAAACUGGGGCUGACCAUGCAGUACCCGGAAGGCUACCUCGAGGCGCUGGCCAAGAAGGAGAAGGAGAAGGAGAACAGAAAGAGGGCGGCCGAGGAGGAGGAGGAAGAGGACGAGGACGAGGACUUCUCGUCCCCCAGGAAGGGCAAGCGGAAGAGCAAGCCGGCAGGCGGCAGGACCGGUGCCGGGUCCCCGGGAAGGACACCCAAGAAAACCAAGGUGGAGCCGUACAGCCUCACGGCCCAGCAGAGGGGCCUCAUCAGGGAGGACCAGAGCAACACCAAGCUGUGGGCCGACCUCCUCAAGGCGCUCAAGGACGGGCCGAAGUUCCUGAGUAAGGUGGAGGAGACGUUCCAGUGCAUCUGCUGCCAGGAGCUGGUGUUCCGCCCCGUCACGACCGUGUGCCAGCACAACGUGUGCAAGGAUUGCCUGGACAGAUCCUUCCGGGCCCAGGUGUUCAGCUGUCCGGCCUGCCGCUACGACCUGGGCCGGAACUACGCCAUGCAGGUGAACCAGCCGCUUCAGGCGGUCCUCAGCCAGCUCUUCCCCGGCUACGGCAGUGGACGGUGAUCCUCAGCACUUCUCAUCGGCGUUUUUAAAAACGCAUCCGAGGGGUCUCUGGCCCCCCCCCCCUUGUUUUUUAGUGGGCUUAACUUAAACAGGUAGUUUACUCUCCCCUCCCAAAAAAGCCUCGUCUUCCUGGCUUCGUUUAUUUUAAUCUAUAAAUUUGCAAGAAUUUGUAUUGAGGCUCAAAGAAAGAAAGAAAGUUGGACUUCUCAGUGUUUUAUCUUGGUUUUUUAAAAAAAAUACAAAGCCUGCAACGUGUCAGCAAAAAAACAAAAUUUUUUUUUUUCUGAAGAUGGAAUUAGAAGCGACCUGGCCCGAAGGCCACUUAUGUUCCCAGCACCCGGGUCUCGGUGGCUCCGAGCUGGCGCUGGCUGCCUGCUACGGUCUUCCAGGUCUUCCAUGCGUGUGGGCCCGGCCCCCGAGCUGAACACGAGCAGCCUUCCUGACAGCAUUUCCCCGCCCAAAACCCAGCCGGACUGUGCCUGGUGGUGGCCCCGGGUGUGCUGUGGCCCCACUGCCAUCCAUCAAGAUGUUGCCGAAAAGAGGAAAAAUCCCGUUCAGCCCAGUUUAAACUCUGGCCGCAAAGCCCCCGCCACCAGACGGCUUCUGUGUUUAAGACCCGCAGGCAGAGGCCGCCGCCCCGUGAGCAGAGAGCGAAGGCCACACACAGGCCACCUCCGUGGGACUCUGCUCCGUGGAAAGGCCGGACGUGCAGCCACGUGCCCUCUGAGCUGGAAGGCCGCGGGAGCCGACGCACGAAGCCAUGUUCAAGUGCCUUUGGUUCUUUCUUUCUAAACACAGGGCUGUCUUUUAGCACUGAAUUACUGAAAAUGCCGACCAGAUUCUCAGACCGGCCAACCAGUUUUUCCCGAGACCGGGUGAGUGUUUGGGGAUGAGUUGAGUUCUGUCGUUCCUUUCAAUUGGAUUUUCAACUCACCAACUGAGAAUUACAAGAGGGAAUUUUUUUUUUUUUUAAAGUAAACACUUUUUAUAAAUGAAAUUUUUUUUUGUAGUUACUGUAUAUGUACCAAGAAAUCUAUAACUUAGGGUUUGGUUUUUGUUUUUUUUGUUUUUUGGUUUUUUUUUGGUUUUGUAUUUUUUUGGAAUGAUUUGUUAAUUUUUCUAACUUUACCAAAGUUUGCAGCUUAUACCUCAAUAGAACAGGGAUAUUUUAAAUCACAUAACUGCAGACAAACUGGAGCAAUAUUGUUUGAAAAGUCCCCCAUCCCCCCAUUAUUAGGUUGUUAACGUAUUAGGAAGAAAUGACAAAAUUCUGUGUAGGCGUUUUCUAAAAAUUCACUCUUUGUCCAGAUUUUAGAUUGUCAGAAUAAAUGUCUUUUACAGAUGC